CUUGUCCUUGUGAGUCAAUCGUUCAAACAUCCAUGAAUUGGAAUUGCUUAAAGUAGAUUUGGCGCAUUGUGGACUGUGGCUCAAUUUUUAAAUAAUGGUCUUUUUUGUCGUCCUGGCACAGGCAGGUGAACUCAACCAUGAGCACCUUCUGAAUUGAUUCAAGCACCUGAGUUUUAGUGCAGUCUUUCUUCCAAUUGAGCUGCUGAGGUUCCACCAUGCUGAACAGCAUCAAGAGCGUGUUUGCCGCCUGCCAGGCGAGCAUUUCGGUCCACCAGAAGCUACUGUCUGCCCUGAAGACCAUCUAUGACGGAGCAGAGUCGGAGGAGGCGUUCUUCGCCGAGUUCGUGUCGCUGCUGCGCCGCUCACUGAUGCGCUCCGAGAAAAGUCCUCCCGUGGAGCGAACGAUAGAGUUCGCCGCCCGGUUCGCCAAACAUCUCUCGCCAGUGUCGGACGAGACACUGGCAGAGGAUGAGGAAGCCGAAGAGGUGCAUCCGUUCUUCCGUCGGCUGUUUGAGUUCCUGGUGAACAACCACCGCGCGGCCGACUCAUCGGUCCGACUGCGCUGCUGCCAGCUCAUCAACAAACUGCUGCUGCACCUUGGCGAGAACGCUUACCUGGACGACGCGCUGUGCGACCGCGCCUAUGACGCCAUGCUGGAGCGGCUGCAGGACACGGUGCCGGCCGUGCGCGUCCAGGCCGUGUUCGCUCUGAGUCGCCUGCAGGAGCCGCAGAACAAGCAGUGUCCCGUCAUCCGCGCCUACGUGUUCCACCUCCGGAAUGACCCGAGCGCCGACGUGCGGCGGGCGGUGCUGCUGAACAUCGGCGGCUCGGCGGCCACCCUGCCGCACGUGCUGGAGCGGGUGCGAGACUCGAGUGCCGGCGUCCGACGACAAGCCUACACCUUCCUUACCAAGGUGCACAUCAAGUCUGUCUCAAUGUCCGAGCGGCGCCGCGUGCUAAAGGAGGGUCUGCAGGAUCGCGACGAGACGGUGCGCCGGACCGUGCAGAAGGACCUGCUACAGUUCUGGCUGCGCCUCCUCAGCGGCAGUGCCACUCAGCUGCUGCGCUGUCUCUAUGUCGAAAUGUGCCCAGAUGUCGCUGAGAUGGUCGUCAAGGCCAUGUGCCGGGAGACCUCCUAUAGAGACAUGGUGGACAGUUUGGGUCUGCCGAGCGAGACGCGCCUGUUCGCGCCGGAGGAGCUCACCCCGGAGCGCGCCAUCCUGUGGCGUGUGCUGUGCGACCACCUGCGAGCGGAGGGCGGCGGCGCGGACUCGCAGCUGGAGCGGAUCGCUCCCGACGUCCCGGCGCUGUGCGGGCUCAUCCAGCAGCUGAGCGCCGCGGCGCCGGCCGACGGCGAGUCGCCCGAGAGCCAGUGGUUCGUGCUGCGGCAGCUGAUCCAGCUGGCCGCCGGCCUGGAGCUGUGGGACGAGUUCGCGCGCCGCUCGCUGGCCGGUCUGGUGGACGGCCUGCUGCGCUCGGAGCGUCUGGCGCCGCAGCUGGUGCCGCCCCUAGUGCGGCUGUACGGCCACGCCGUCCCGGACGCCGCCGCCCGACUGCGCGCGCUCGUGGAGGCCAUCACGGACAUCCGCGCGCCGCUGACAGGCACCGCUCCGGAGCCGGAGCAGCCGGCCGCGCCGGCGCCGGCCGAGCAGCGCGAGCGGCGGCUACGGCGGGCCCAGCUAAGGGUGCGCCUCAACGAGCUCCGCGACCAGCUGGAGGAGGCAGUGGCCGGCAGAGACUACGCCGCCGCCCAGGAGCUGCAGCGUGAACAGGACGCCUGUCUGCAGGAGGAGAAGGAGCUUCAGGACCGCGAGGAGCCGGCCCCGCCCGCCGAGACCGAGCAGGCAGAGUCGGAGGGCUGUCUGGAGCGGGACGAUCCCGUCACCCUGGCCAAGUGUCUGCAGAUCGUGUUUGAGUUGCUGCAGGCGCUGCCACUGAAGAAGUUACCGGCCGAGCUGAGAGCGCUGACUGAGACGCUCGUGCUGCCGGCGGUACAGAGUGAGGAGCCUGGAGUGAGAGAGGUGGCCGUGCGCGCGCUGGGAGCCGUCUGUCUACUGGACAAACAGCUGGCCGAACAGAACCUCGUCCUCUUCGUGCAGGUGGCGCACGCCGACCAGUGUGAGGUCCAGCAGAGCGCGCUGCGAGCUGUGUUUGACCAGCUCUCCGUGCACGGACUGGAGGUGGCAGCGCCGCCAGAGGAACCCGAACAGAUGGCACCGCUCAUCACCGCGCUCACCGGCAUGCUCGACGCCGGAGAGCCGGAGGUCCGCGGCCUGGUCGCCGAGGGCCUCUGUAAGCUACUGAUACACGGCCGCGUCACGUCGGCGCGCCUGCUGGAGAGGCUGGUGCUGAUGUGGUACAACCCGCUGAUGGACGGAGACGGCUUCCUGCGUAACAUGCUGGGCGUGUUCUUCCCGGCGUUUGGCUCGUCGGGCCGCGCCGGACAGGAGCAGCUGGCGGAGGCCAUGCUGCCCACCAUCACCACAGUCAUUGAGGCUCCGAUGACCUCCCCCCUGGUGGAAGUGGACCCGGACGACGUGGCCUGCUUCUUCGUCCAGCUCACUCAGCCGGCCAUGCUGUCUGCGCGUGAGGCGGCUCUGGAGGGCUCUGUGCACGAAACACUCGCCUACCGCCUGCUCAACGCGCUCAUUGACGGCACCAGUAGCUGUGGCACAGACCGAGUGCUGGCGCGCGCACUGCCGCAGCUCGACCUGAGCGGCUCGGCCGAUGCGGUGCUGCGCGAGCUGCGCCGCCUGGCCGGCCGCGCGCUCGGCGAGGAUGAUGAUGAGACUGAUAAACAGACGGCGAGGCACCUGAGGAGGUUCACCGCGGGGCUGACGACCUUACUGGCGUCCCGACCGACUACUGAUUCCACGCCGACGGUCACCCCGGCGCCGCGGCGGUCCCGGCCCGCCGGCGCCGCCGCUGAUGUGGAACUGGAGACUGGCCUGGACAGCAGUCAGGGAUCGCCCACCCGCCCGGCGGCGGCGAGCGCCGUGCCGGAGACACCGGAGCAGGCGGCGCCGGACGACCCGACCGGCGGCGAGGAGCUGUUCCUGGCAGCCUCGGCUGACUCUGAGGAGUACUCAACGUGUCUGCAGGAGACGGCUGACCAGUCGGCGCUGAGUGCCGGCGGCCGGCUCGCCACGGCGCCGGCGGAGAAGCGACCGGCCGAGACGCCGCCGCCGCGCCGGCCCGGCGGCCGCCUCUCGCGGCGUGCUCCGGCGGCGCCGAAGCGGGCACCGGCGGCCACCGCCUCGCCGGCGACAGUUCCAGCCAAACGGAGCAGAAAGGCGGCGUCGGCGAGCACUGCGGAGAGCGCGGCGCCGACCCGCCGCGCGUCUAACGUACGCCGUGCCCCGCCGCCGGCCGUCCGUACCGAGGAGGACAGCCCCGAGCCGACUAUCGAGGACAGUGACUCCGGCUCGGCGGUCAGCGCGACGGUGGUGACCGGACAGAGGGCCGGCGGCAGAUCCUCCGCGCGUCUGAAGCCGUCCUCUGACGAGCUCAGCGCCGGAGAGCGGACGCCAGACAGCGUGCUCUCGGGGCCGGUGACGGGCGCGCGCCGCUCCGCCCGCAGCCGCGUGGAGGAGACCCCGGAGAGCGAUAUAUCGACCGUCUCCCGGAGCACGCGGGCCUCCCGCACUCGUGUUGAGGAGAGCCCCGACCCGAGUCCCUCUGGAGCGGCGCUGCGGACCAAGCGGGGCUCCCGAGCUCGCCCGGCAGCGCCUCAGUCACCUGACAGCUCUGUGUCGUCCGCCGCCGCGCCGCCUGCCCGCUCGGCGCGGAAGGCGGCCACCAAGAACACCUCGCCGGCGCCCGUCAGAAAGACCACUCGCAGAGCCAGCGCACGCAAGUAAAUGUGAAGUAAAGUAACAGUGCGCAAGUAAAUGGGAAUCGUGGGACGACGUAGUGCGUAGUAAGUGCUGACGGUCUGCCGUUGCUAUCAGUUUCAUCGUUUAUUUCAGCUGUCUUCCUAUUCGCCAGCUGCUUCGCUAGUGUUUAGUCCAACCGCUUCGCACUAACAUGUCUUCUUGCGGCUUUGCUUGUCUGUUAGCUGAGGCGGAUUUCAGCGGAGUUCUUCGAUUAGCGAUAGUGGCGUUUUACACCGGAAAUGAAAGGAUGAUGGCUUGUUUAUCCAUUCCGUUCUUCCAGGUGUGCUAGUUGAAUGAGUUUUCAAAAACAUUGGAACGCGUUUGCUGUCUCUUCAAUCUUGGUCCUGCUGUGUGUAAUGGAAAGGUACAAACCACACAAACUUUCUGAAUACAUCGAUUAUAGUUUUAA